AUGUCGGUUCCAUUCACAGCUAAAAAUGUUAAUUUGAGCAAGGGUCCCGACCCACAAACUUCUAUUCAAACUGAAAGAGCUGCUCAAAAGUUUAAUCCACAAGCUAUGCAAUAUUUCUUGGAAGGUUCUAGAGAAAGAGCCGAAGUAAUCAAGGCCUUGACUCAACAAAUGGAAAGAGAUCCAAUCUUGUUCACUGAUGGGUCUUUUUACGAUAUGAACAAAAACCAGUUGAGAGAAAUGACUGCAGUGAAAAUCAAUAGAAUCGCCAGAUACAUGGAAGUUGAUUCGCCUGAUGUCUAUGCUCAAAGAUUGUCAUUGAUUGGUGUCUUUGAUCCAUCUGUUUGUACCAGAAUUGCUGUCAACUUGGGUUUGUUCGCUAAUUGUAUUAAAGGUAACGGUACUGCCGAUCAAAUCAAAUACUGGACUUUGGACAAGCACACAAAUUAUCUUAGAGGAAUUUACGGUUGUUUUGGUAUGACUGAGUUGGCUCACGGAUCCAACGUUAUGGGUCUUGAAACUACUGCAACUUUUGACAAGGAGAACGAUGAAUUCAUCAUCAACACUCCACAUGUUGGUGCUACUAAAUGGUGGAUUGGUGGUGCUGCUCACUCAGCCACUCACUGUACAGUAUACGCCAGAUUGAAAGUUGAUGGUGAAGAUUAUGGUGUCAAGACCUUUGUUGUUCCAUUGAGAGACUCAAACCAUGACUUGAUGCCAGGUGUUACCGUUGGUGAUAUUGGAGCCAAGAUGGGAAGAGAUGGUAUUGAUAACGGUUGGAUCCAGUUCUCAUCCGUCAGAAUCCCAAGAUUUUUCAUGUUGCAAAAGUUCUGUAAAGUCUCAAGAGAUGGUGAAGUUGUUUUGCCACCAUUGGAACAAUUGUCUUACUCAGCCUUGUUAGGAGGUAGAGUUAUGAUGGUUUUGGAAUCAUAUAGAAUGUUGGCCAGAGUUUCGACCAUUGCAUUGAGAUAUGCUAUUGGAAGAAGACAAUUUAAAGGUGACAACGUUGAUCCAAAUGAUGAAAAUGCUUUGGAAACACAAUUGUUGGACUAUCCAUUGCAUCAAAAGAGGUUAUUCCCAUACUUAGCUGCCGCAUAUGUCAUAUCUGCAGGUGCAUUGAAGGUGGAGAAGACUAUUGAAGACACUUUGGCAUUUUUGGACAAAGCUGUUGCUAAUAAUGACCAAAAAGCUAUAAUGCAAUCCAUUGGUGCCAUGAAAUCAUUGUUUGUUGAUUCUGGUUCGUUGAAACCAACUUGUACUUGGUUGGCCGCUGAAGGUAUUGAUCAAUGUAGACAAGCAUGUGGUGGUCACGGUUACUCAGCAUACAAUGGUUUCGGAAGAGCUUACAAUGAUUGGGUUGUUCAAUGUACUUGGGAAGGUGAUAACAACGUCUUGUGUAUGAACACUGGUAAGCCGUUUGUUAAGAAUGUCAUCGGUCUUGAAGAUAAUGGCAAGGCUGUUAAGGGAGGUUCAGAGUUUUUGAACCAAUUGAAAGAUUACACUGGCUCUGGAGCCAGUAAAGUCAUUUUGGAAAAUGCAAAUGAUAUUACUGACCUUAAAAAGUUCAUCAAGUCUUUGGAAGUUGCCAUCAUUAGGUUAUCUUCUGAAACUGCCAAGACAGUCAGAAAAGAAAAUUUUGAUUUUGUUGGUGCUGAAUUGGUUAACAUUUCUAAAUUGAAUGCUCAUCGUUACGUAUUGAGCACUUACGUUGACAGGGUUGAUGCUCAUGAUGACGCAAGCUUGAAACCAUACUUGUAUGACUUGGGUAGAGUAUAUGCUGCCACUGUUGUUUUGGACAAGUUCUCCGGUAUCUUUUUGACAUUCAAUGUUGCAUCCACCAAUGCAAUUACUGAUUUGGCAAAGAUUGUUAUUCCAAAAUUGUGCAAGCAAAUCAGACCAAAUGUUGUUGGAUUGACUGAUUCAUUCCAAAUGUCUGACAUGAUGAUCAAUGCUGCUAUUGGAAGAUAUGAUGGUGAUAUUUACGAAAACUACUUUGAUUUGGUCAAGACCUUGAACCCUCCACGCAAUGACAAGGCUCCAUACUCUGCUGCUUUGGAAGGAAUGUUGAACCGUCCAUCACUUGAGGAGAGAGAAAGAUUUGAAAAGAGUGCAGAGACUGCUGAAAUCUUGUCCAAGUAA